AAAAAAUAUCAUUUCAUCAAUUUAUUCCAAGUUCGUCUGUGAAACACCGAAAAGGACGCAUGUGACUUAGCUGACACACUAUUUGUCAGCUGUCGGGCUUAUACGCAUCCCUCGGCUUCCCCCCGUGACAUCCCUUCUCCUUCCCACCAAGCCAAGCCACAAACCUCUUUAACAUUAUAUUUGCUGUUAAGGUAACUGUAACAGUAUUUGAAUACUUAUUUUCUUACAGGUUAACAUUGCCCAGUGCCCACCUGUAUAAAAGCAGUCACAGUUUGGACUGACGAUAACUCCAUUAACCCACCAGCGACAUGAAACUCUCCUCCUUCUCUUUCUCUCCUUUGCAACUGCAACACCACCUCACAAAAACUCUCCUUUCUUUCGCCAUUCUUAUUAACUUACCCUUUUCUCGCCCCUCCGGGCACGACUAUCAGGACGCAUUAUCCAAGUCAAUCCUGUUUUUCGAAGGCCAAAGGUCGGGCUACUUGCCGCAAGACCAAAGCAUGACUUGGCGUUCGAAUUCCGGCCUCAGCGACGGCUACACCUAUAACACCAACUUGGUUGGCGGCUACUACGACGCCGGUGAUAAUGUCAAGUUUAAUUUCCCAAUGGCUUUCACCACCACUCUUUUAUCGUGGAGCAUCAUCGAAUUCGGAGACUUAAUGCCGCCAAAUGAACUCAGAAAUGCCCUGGUUGCCAUACGUUGGGCCACUGAUUAUUUACUUAUGACUGUUUCUCAGCCUAACCGGAUUUUUGUACAGGUGGGUGAUCCAAAUAUAGAUCAUAAUUGUUGGGAGAGACCUGAGGACAUGGACACAGCUAGGACUGUGUAUGCUGUUGAUGCACCAAACCCAGCUUCCGAUGUUGCUGGAGAAACUGCGGCUGCUCUUGCUGCUUCAUCCAUGGCAUUCCGGUGGUCAGACCCGGCAUAUGCAGAGACAUUGUUAAGAGCUGCUGUAACCGUCUUCCAAUUUGCAGACACCUACAGAGGAGCUUAUUCUGAUAACCCUCAUAUAAAGGAGGGUGCCUGCCCAUUUUACUGUGAUUUUGAUGGAUAUCAAGAUGAAUUGCUAUGGGGUGCAGCUUGGUUAAGGAGAGCUUCCCAAGAUGAUUCUUACCUUAAUUAUAUUGAAACCAAUGGCAAAACACUUGGUGCUGAUGAAAAUAUAAAUGAGUUUGGGUGGGACAAUAAGCAUGCUGGUAUAAAUGUUCUAAUUUCCAAGGAAGUCCUGGAAGGAAACAUGUACACACUGCAAUCAUACAAAGCAUCGGCUGAUAGCUUCAUGUGUACAUUAGUCCCAGAGUCAUCAGCAUCUCAUAUUGAAUACACCCCUGGUGGCCUAAUUUACAAGCCUGGAGGCAGCAACCUGCAACAUGCUACUACAAUUUCAUUUUUGCUUCUGGUUUAUGCAAAAUACCUGGCUAAAACUUCACAAACUGUUAAUUGUGGUAAUGUUUAUGUUACUCCAGCUUCGCUUCGCGAGCAAGCCAAGAAACAGGUUGAUUACAUUUUAGGAGAUAACCCAAAGGGAUUAUCUUAUAUGGUUGGUUAUGGCAACAAUUAUCCACAACGAAUUCACCAUCGUGGCUCGUCGUUACCAUCUAUUAAGGUUCACCCUCAAUUUAUUGCCUGUAAGGAGGGUUCAUUUUAUUUUAACUCAUCGAAUUCGAAUCCUAAUGUGUUGGUUGGAGCUGUGGUUGGAGGGCCUUCAGAGGAUGAUGAGUAUGAGGAUGAUAGGAGUGAUUUCAGGAAGUCUGAACCAACAACAUACAUUAAUGCACCAUUUGUUGGUGUACUUUCUUAUUUUGCUGCAAAUCCCUCUCCUAGUUAGCGCAAAAAGAAGCUUAAUUUGUACAUAUUUCAGCGUUUGUCAGCCUUUUGAUAGUAGGAAAAGCGGUCUCUCAUCUUGGAUGAAAAAAAACCAAGAAGGAAGAGGCUUGUUUAGUUGCUCAAUUUUAGAAAUUGACAUUCUCCUAAAAGGGUUUCAUUUUUAAUGAAUGAAUCAAAAUUUUCAUCCA